AUGAAACCGGGGAUCGUUGUCAAAUGCCCGAGAUAUUCGUGGUGGCAUUCCGAGGCAGCAGAAACCCACCCCUUUGUGAAGGACAUUAAACGCAAUUUCGAGGUUGAAGAACGGCUUUUGGAUAUCUUAGGUGCACACCCUAGAAUAAUACGCUAUAUUGGUAUCUCGGACGAGCCUCGAGGAUUGCUCUUCGGAGAAGCUAGCGAUGGUAAUCUGAAAGCUUACAUUAACCAACAUAAUGUUACUAUCAAUCUAUCUCUUCGAUUGAAGUGGUGUUGCCAGGCAGCGGAAGCCGUUCAACAUAUCCACAAAAAGGGAGUUAUUCAUUCAGACCUGCGACCAGAAAAUUUCUUAUUGCACUCCGACUCCAAAAGCAAACUCGAUCUUCUACUGUGUGAUUUUGGAGGAUCGACAAGUUGUGACAUCGAUGGUGGACAUCUUCCCGACUCACGCUUUUUUAAUCCAUGCAAGCCAUGGGUGUCAACAGAGGCUGUGGACAUAUUCAGUCUCGGGUCGGUUUUUUACACGAUAAUGACCGGCCAUUGGCCUUACAGGUCUCCUAGGCCAUUCAAAUCCGUGGCAGAGAAGAACGACUACGAAGAACUGGUGGACACUCUUUUUGCAUCUCAAAAAUAUCCUCCGGUUGAUAAUAUACCCGGUGGUACUGUGAUACAAGGUUGUUGGACAGAACGAUAUGGUGAUGUAGAGGCACUUAUUCGAGAUCAAAGUCUGUCUUUCCAUGGGAUAGGAGCUCUUCGGUAUGGUCAUGGCUUGGCUUAA